AUGUUCAGGCGGAUGUUUCCCGCGAUGAGAGUGAAGAUCUCAGGUUUAGACCCACAUCAGCAGUAUUAUAUUGCUAUGGAUAUUGUGCCAGUGGAUAACAAAAGAUACAGGUAUGUUUAUCAUAGCUCCAAGUGGAUGGUCGCUGGUAAUGCUGACUCCCCAGUUCCGCCUCGCGUUUAUAUUCAUCCUGAUUCACCCGCUUCUGGGGAGACAUGGAUGAGACAAGUGAUCAGCUUUGACAAACUGAAGCUUACCAAUAACGAGCUGGAUGAUCAAGGGCAUAUUAUCCUUCACUCUAUGCAUAAAUAUCAGCCUCGUGUCCAUGUCAUCCGAAAAGAUUGUGGUGAUGAUCUGUCCCCUGUCAAGCCUAUCCCUUCAGGAGAAGGGGUGAAAGCCUUCUCCUUUCCAGAGACAGUUUUCACUACUGUCACAGCAUACCAAAAUCAACAGAUAACUCGUCUGAAGAUUGAUAGGAAUCCAUUCGCCAAAGGGUUUAGAGAUUCGGGUCGUAACAGAAUGGGACUGGAAGCUCUGGUAGAGUCCUAUGCCUUCUGGAGACCUUCACUGAGGACGCUUACAUUUGAAGAUAUACCUGGGAUACCCAAACAAGGAAAUGCAGGUUCCUCUACUUUACUCCAGGGAUCUGGCAGUGGAGUGCCAUCUACCCACCCUCACCUUUUACCGGGUUCCCCUUGCUCAUCUCCAGCCUUCCACCUCAAUCCCAACACUAGCCAGCUGUGUACCCUUGCUCCAGCUGACUACACAGCUUGUGCCCGCUCAGGCUUGACCCUGAACAGAUACAGCACUUCCUUGGCUGAAACCUACAACAGGCUCACAAACCAAACCAGUGAGACGUUUGCACCCCCGAGGACUCCCUCCUAUGUCGGUGUGUCGAGUAGCACAACUGUGAAUAUGUCUAUGAGUGGCAAUGAUGGGGAUGCAUUCAGCUGCCCACAGACUGGCUUAUCUAUGCAGAUUUCAGGGAUGUCUCCACAGCUCCAGUACAUCAUGCCAUCCCCAUCCAGCAAUGCCUUUACCACUAAUCAAACCCACCAAGGCUCCUACAACACGUUUAGACUGCACAGUCCCUGUGCGCUCUAUGGAUAUAACUUUUCCACAUCUCCUAAACUGGCUGCCAGUCCUGAGAAAAUCGUUUCUUCCCAAGGAAGUUUCUUGGGGUCCUCGCCAAGUGGAACCAUGACGGAUCGGCAGAUGUUGCCCCCUGUGGAAGGAGUGCACUUACUUAGCAGUGGGGGGCAGCAAAAUUUCUUUGACUCUAGGACCCUAGGAAGCUUGACACUCUCGUCUUCUCAAGUGUCUGCACAUAUGGUUUGAUGAAGCCUUUAAGAAAAAGUACAGUAUGUUUGGUGUCUACAAUGUAUUUCUUUUGGAAUAUGAAGGGACACUCGAUGUAGCUUGUAAAGUGCAUAUAUAUAUAUAUAAUAUGAGAGGAAGUUUUACUGAAAUUUUGACUUGCUUGUGGCCAGAUUAUUUUCCUAUUUUGAGUUACACAGAAUUUGCUCUGUUGCAGACUGCUUUAGUUUUCUGGUAUAAUACACUUAGUUGUAUAACACAUUGGGACAUAUGCAACAAAUUAAGCAAGACUUCCUCCCCUUUCCCCCUCCUCUGUUCCAGCGCCUUUAAAGAACGAAAUGACACUUGGAGUAUUAAACAACACAAACAAGCCCACUUGCCCAUUUCCUAUAGCACUAGUGAGUUUCUUUAAAACAUUCAUACAAUGAUAAGCUGAUGCACCAAAGGCAUUUUACAAGUUUCUUCUCUGUUAUAAGGGAUACAAAGGAUAUUUGGACUUGUAAGUGUUGAGCAUGAAGCAUCUAGCCUAAAAUAGAAGUUUAGCUAAUGGAUUAUUUACAAAGUAAAUUGAAAGAUUAGUUUGCCUUCUUAUGAUACAUUGUUUUUAGCUUAUCAACAGCACAGCAUUCUCACUAGGAUUUUUUUUUUCAGCAUUAGUUUAGAUUUAUGGUUAGAUAUUUGAAGACUAAUAAUGUGUAUUCAAAUUGUGGUGAUAGAAAUAAUUUAAACCAACAACACUAGAAGCAGCAUUCCUUAGUACGGAAUGAAGUUCAGGUUGCUUAGUUUUUGUCAAAGGAAGGGCUUGAUGCAUUUUUUCCUCCAUAAAUAUUGCCUAUAAGACAUUUACUGGACAGUAGGAUAUUCUAAAGUAUCUUUGUUUCUGUAUUUUUACUUUUUUUAAAGGAAAAUGCAGGUUCGAUUUAGAAAAAAAAAAGUGAGCAGAAUGAGAAAUUCCAUUAUUGGUUUUACCUGUUUUGUUUGCGUGUUUGUUGUGUUUUGGAUUUGGUUUGGUGUUUUUUGGGUUUUUUUUGUUUGUUUGUUUGUUUUUUAGUAAGGGCAAAAGUAUCUCAGUGUCUCAAAAAUACAUCACCUGUAUCAGUUAGGCAGAUGACCCAGUUUGCCCACAAGAAUUUCUGGAAGCAGAACAUUGUCAUAGCUGACUUCCUGUUGCUUUAUUUCUGUCAGUGUUUGUCCUGGAAUUGGAGAGGCUUCCUUCAUUCCCACCUCUGGUUUUUAAAUGGCACUUGUAAGAACAUAGAUCACAAUCUGCUGCUGACCACACUUCUCCAGAGUGACAAGGACACAGGGAAACACUUGUCAUGGUGAAAUCUGCACCUGCACAGCACAGGUGUGUAUCAGUCCUUCUGCAAAAGCUGCCUCUCAGCUACCCUUCUGUCAGAGCUUAACCACAGAGGUUGUAGAACUAAUUUUAAUGCUUGAGAGGACAGGUCAUCUUCAACGGUAUGCUAAGCCUCAUUUAUAUUGUGCAGGUGAUACAAAGGCGUUAUAAGGUGGGUACAAAUAUAGAUGAAAAUAUUUCCCCAGUAAGCAUUGAAGAAGAUUAAGGCCUUUCAAGUUUUUAGAUUUUUUUUGUGAAAGUGAAUUUUCAUGUUUCUCAAGUGUUCCUAUGUCUUUUCUAGCAAAUAGUGCACUUAACCACUCCCACUUCAAGAAGGACUCAUUUCAGCUUGCAUUUCAUUAAUGGGAUGGAGAUAAUGCAGGCAGAAACAGCCCUCUUGCUAUCUCCUCUUAUUAUGUGGGAAUAGAAGAGAAACCACAACUAUCUUGAAGCCUGUGCCUGCAGAAUGCUUAAUUUUUAUUGCUUGCAUAUUUGUUUCUGUUAAAGAAGAUACAUAUAAAGUUCUCAUUCAAAGUUAGAAAGACAAGAGGAUGCAAUUGAGGAGAUGUGGGUUUGCUUCUUUGCUGUUUCAAACUUCCUAAGUGACCUUGAGCAGUUCACUCAGUCUCUCUAUAUCAGACUUUUUUUCUUCUGUAAAAUGUGAUAAUAGCACUUCAUGCCUCGUAGAAAAGGGUGACAGUAUAUUGAAGAUGAAGAUCAUCUUUACAUCUUCUGUGCUGUGGACAGUACGUUACAGAUGAAUGACUAGGAAGUGUUCAUAUACAAGGAUAAGAAAGAGCAUUUGUGUACUUCAGGUCUGAUGCUGGUUUUGGCAUUGCAGUGUCCUUGAGGCAGAUCUUAAAGAAAAGACCUGCAAUGCUGAAAAUGCUAUUCAAACUCACACUAAUGAUUUUUGAAAUGGUUCUAAGAUGUGUACAAGAUGGGCAAGUUUUCAGUUAUGUAAAUUGUCAUAGCUUUAUUGGUUUAAAUUAACAAGUAACUUGUGUAUAGUAAUUCUUGCUCCAGCCAAAACUUUGAAAUUUUGUAGUUGGACAAAUCUUUAAAUGGCAAAGAUGGUACAAUUAAUCUGUACUUGAAAAAGGGUAAUUACCCAUGUUAUCUUAAGGGCUUUGACUAGGUAGAAAUGUGGAAGAGCUAAAUCAUGCAUGUUCUUAUGAGGAGAAAAAAAGGGUUGUGCAUGGAUGUUCAUGGAGGUGCUCCUGACAUGACUUUAUCAUCUGGGAAUUUUUUAGAACUGGUCUCUUAUUUUUCCUCAAAUUACUUUUAUCAUAUAACCACACAAUAUUGUUUCGUUUGUUCCUUAAAAUUUGAAUCAUAUUGUAAAUACUGGUGUGUCAUUGUGAAAAGACUAGCUUUUUAUCAAUACAGUAAAUGCUAUAUAUGCAUUAUAUCUAUAAUUAUAUAUCUGUAUUUUACAAAAAUGCCACAGAAAAUAUAUUAAAGUGUGUAUUCAAACACUUUUUACUACAUUUGGAAAACUGAGAGGCUUGGGCCUUUUUUUUCUCUACAACUUCUCCAAGAACAAAGGAAGUGACUCUGAGGUAAGCUCUGGGUUUCAGAGGCUUAAUACAACAAGCUGCAGCUAGUCCACAAUUCUUACAUGGUUCAGUUUAACCAUCUGCCAUUGAAUCUCUCUAUUAUUUGUACGCAAAGAUCCCAACAGAUGUUGUGUACAAGGAGAUCCUGAGGCUGAUAGCAGAGCUCUGAGGGUUUUACAUGGGAAAACGGGACUGAGCUGCUUGCUGGGCUCUUUAGCCAGUGAUGGAACUUGGUUGCUUCCUUGUAGCCCAUGGCAUCCCAUCUGCUAAGACCAAUUCAGCUGCUCCCUAUCAACUGGGUCUGGGAAAUUGGCACUUCCAUGCGACUUGAGCAGAAGCUUGGUACUCUGCCUGUUUUCUCUCUCUGCUGUUUCUUUGGUCAUUUGCUCUCUGUUCUGCUAGUUCUAAAUGCAGAAAUCUAUUGAUUUGACAAUUUGCAACCUAUAAUCAUCCGACUGUACUGUUACUCAGCAAUGAGCAACAUUUCUUCGUCAAGAAAUACUGUUAUGCAUAGUGGCCUUAUUUCCUAUUGCACUGCAAUAAAUGAUUCUCUGUGACAUAGGGCAGAGGGCCUGAAAAUCUGAUUACUUCAGAGACUCUGGUUUCAUAGUCACUUAACACCAGCAUUGUUGCAAAUGACCAGAAUUAGGGCAAGAGAAGUAGGCAUGAAAUGCUUGAUCAUAAAUAUCAGGCCUCCAGAGAGAAUGAAAGCUUCUGUUUUUAAUAAGAGAAGAACCUUUUUUUUUUUUUGAAUAGCACAGUCAGAUUCUGAGAGGGCUCAUUUCUGCUGCAGCAAUGGACAUCAGGAGAAAGCUGAAAAUCAUGGAUGUUGUUAUCUUUAAUAGUAGUAAGCCUGUACUGUGAGCAGUUCAGCAGAAGAAAUAUAAAUCAUCAUCAGAAGUAGCUCACAGAUUCUAUGGAUGUAUUUUACCUGUAAAGAUAAUAUACCUAGUCAAUCUGUACCUAGGUAUGUUUAAAAAGUUUGCAGUUUAUCUAAUUACCUAAUGAGUUAAUGGUUUUUGUGAGCUGACUUUGCACUUCAGGUGACAAAAUAUAUUAACUUGUCAGUUGAGCUCUUCAUUAGUAUGAACCUCAGAUUCAAUAUUUCACCUUGUACUUAACACAAAGUUGUUGAUAUGUCAAUUUAAUAUAUGCAAAAAUACAGGAAAGUUCUUGUUCUGCCUUAUGUUCCACCAUAUUGCUCAGCUACCCAGUUAAUUCAAAACACUGGCAUGCCAAGAUGACACACACUUUUAAGAGGUGAUGCCUUACUUCAUUAGAAAAUAACAUUUCUAGAGAAUUAAACUUUGCUUUUAGUCAGUGUUGUUAUCUUCAAGCUCUGAAAAGGUGUUUGUAACCCAAAAAAGCAUAAGUCCUAUGCAGUCACCACUUAUUCUUGCAAAGUAAUGUUGAAUUGACCAUAAAACUAUCUCAGAUAGUUUGGUGCCCAAUGCCCAGACAGAGCAGUUCCAGCAAAUUUUAGAAUUUGGACUCCAUAAAGUAAAUGUUUUUAAGAAGCCUCAGUAAAUCAGAUCAGCACUGCUAUCAGGAAGACUAAGUAUACUGUGGGCAAAUAGAAACACUUUCCUGAAUUUUAUCUGUCACCUUCAGAGGUUUAUUACCCUAAAUAGUUAAUAUCCAACAUGUUCCACUCCACCAGAAUGAGCAUUAAACCUCCAUGAGCUGGAUGAAUUUCCACAAUUUUCCAUUGUGGCCUUUCUAAAUGUUGGCAGUAACAGCCAGGUUUCAAGACAAGCACCAGUGCUCCAGGUUUGCAGCUGGGAAUGGCAGGAGAAGUGCAGAUAGCCCAAAUAGACCCUGCAGUCCCACCAUACACUUUUGGAAUGUCACAGGUGCUGUGAUGGCACCCACAAUGUAUAGUUCUAUCCAAACAUAAUUCAGUGCACCUCUCACAAGGGUAAUUACCCAUGUUAGGGGGCUAUAGCCUAAAAUAAGACCUGACGUCAAAGACUGGUCAGGAAGGAUAAAGCAUGAUGUGAAAAUACCUGUGCUACCCAAAAGCUGGUCUAUGGUAGUGAAUGUUAAGUGUAGGCCCAGCACAGACUUGGCCUUUGUCAGUACUGCAGCCACUUUGACUAUGCUGCACGCUUAUGUUCAUUUGCACACCACUGGAUUUUAUUUGGAUGCUAUAAUAUAGAGCCAAGAAUAAAUUUAGAGCACAUUGAAGGAAACCUGGACUCAACUGUGGCCAGUGGUAAUGGUACCCCUGACUUGAGCUUUAUGGAUACCACAUUUUCAGACUCUAAGCCAUCCCUCUUUCUGUUCCGGAGUGCUUUACCCAUGCAGCAGUUGUAGUCAUAACUCUCUUGUGCAUUUUUCUGUCCCUUUAUGGUGCUUUUCAGAUGGAUGACUGGCUUCUUGUGUUUCACAUGCUCAUAGUUUGUUUUUAACUUUGUGUUUCUGCAGUUUUUGAGCCAUAGUCUGUCUCAAAAUGAAAGACAAGACAAGGGUGGAAUUUGGUGCUCCAUCCCCAGUAUAUUCCUUUCCACUGCAGAUAAUUGACUAUAUAUUUCCCACAAUGUUUUUAUUGUAUUUUACAGAGAAAAGUAAUAAAAAUAGAGGCUGUAUCACAAUCAAAGCAGUGUUUCCAUUCCUCAGGCAAUAUUUUUCACUAACCCAAAGGAAAAACACCUCCCCACCCUUUCCUGGUUACUAUACUCAGUAUAUGGUUCUCAGUAAGAAGAAAACCAGAUGCCAUAUUUAAAU